AUGCAGAUCAGCCAGUCCCUACGAGCAACACCCGUAAGUGAGGGCGUUCUAUCACCGCUCGGUCUAAAAUAUGACCGACGCUUCAUGCUCCUCAAAGUCGAGGACGGGGAAGAUGGCAAAGGAACCCUAAAGAAUAUGCAUGUCCCACAUUUCCCCGAAAUGGCCCUCUUCGAAACAGCUUUGGACAUGCCAACUGCAGAAGAUAAAGGUCGAGUGAGGGUUACAUAUCACUCUCCUCCAAACGCAGAAAACCCCGGACCACAUGAAACGAAACACUUGGAGAUCCCCCUCGAACCAAACGUGGACUCUCUGUCCCGCUUCACGGUAACGAUGCACCAAAGCCCCACGACGGGGUAUAACAUGGGCUCCGCGUAUAACGACUGGUUCAGUGAGUGUUUCGGAUACCCCGUUGUCCUGGCUUAUCUGGGUGUCAACACUCGCGGGGUACUAGGGACUCUGGCGCCGGCCAAAGCCAAACAUAACGGAAAAAAGAAGACAAGUGGAUGGGCGUGGCAGGAAAUUUUGUUGCGGGGCUUGGAGUCAGCAGGCAGUGGGACUGGACCGACUGUUUUGGAGAAAUUCCUUGUUCCGAUUUGUGCUCUUGCGAUUGGCGCUUCUGGGGUGUCGUAUGCUGUUGGACAAUUCGAGCAUGGGAUCGCUAACAACGCGAGUUCUACUCCAUCAUCGAUGGUUAUUCUAGCCGGUGCAAUUGCUAUGGUGCUAGCGGGUAGUAUUAUGAUUUACGUCCUUGGAAAAAGGGUUUUCGCAACCAAAUACGAAGACCGGAUUACAUUCGCCGACUGUGCGCCGUUUCUCGUUAUAUCCGAGACUUCGGUGAAUAAUGUCUCGGGGAGAUUACCGGCAGGCGAAGAAAUGGAUCGAACGAAGUUCCGGCCGAACAUUGUUGUAUCUGGCGCCGAGUCUGCGUUUGAAGAGGACUUUUGGACGGAGUUGGCUAUUGGUUCGAAGCGAGUUCGGUUAUUGUUGACGGGGAAUUGUGUUCGGUGUCAAAGUCUUAAUGUGGAUUAUCAGACGGGGCAGAUGGGGACUGGUGAGUCCGGGACUGUGUUGAAGAAGUUGAUGAAGGAUCGUCGGGUAGAUCGUGGGGCGAGGUUUAGUCCUGUGUUUGGACGGUAUUCGUUUUUGGAUCGUGGGUUUGAUGGGGAGGAGGUAAGGGUGGGUGAUGUGGUUGAGGUGGUGGCGCGGGGUGCGGAACGUUCGGUGCUAGGUGAGUCGUGUUUGGGUUUCUUUUGGGUUCAAGUUCAAGCUAUUUGUGGAAUUGGUUGA